GCUCCAUCGAUCUUGCUCUCUCGCCAGCUACACUGUCACUCGAUCCAUACGUCAAGACAUCAAAGGAGCCUUCGAUUGAUCGUAGUUGGCGAAGACGAGUAUAACUAGACGAGCGCCAUGGAGGUGAAGGUUGUGAGCUCGAAGCUGGUGAAGCCGCGGUACCACGAGUGCGCGGCGCGGCCGGACACGACGGAGCACGUGCCGUCCUCGGUGUUCGACAUGAUCACGUACCACUUCCAGAUGGCCAUCAUCUACGCCUUCUCGGCACCGGCGCCCUCCACGGCCGACAUCGAGCGCGGCCUCGCCGACGUGCUGGCGUUGUACCGCCUCUUCGCCGGCCAGGUUACCAUGGGCCCGGCCGGUGCGCUGGGAGUGCUUCUCAACGACCGCGGCGCGCGGCUUGUGGAGGCGUGCGUGGACGGCGCCACCCUCGCGGACGCCGCGCCGAGCAAGCCCACGCCGGAGCUCCUGAAGCUGCACCCGAACCUGGAUGGUGAGCAUGAGGAGGUGGUGCAGGUGCAGCUCACGCGUUUUUCUUGCGGCUCGCUCGCCAUCGGGUUCACCGCCUACCACGCGGUCGCCGACGGCCAUGCCACUAGUGACUUUCUCGUCGCAUGGGGCGCCGCCGCCCGCGGACUCGCCGUUUCUUCGCCACGGCAUAACCACCCUGAUCUUUUCCCGCCACGCGACCCGCCGCUUGUCGAGUUUGAGCACCGCGGCGUCGAGUACCGUCGGCCGACGCCCAACGCCAACCAAGGGCACCACGGACACCAUGGCGCCGACAACGUCGUGAUCCACAAGGCGCAUUUCACCAAGGACUUCAUCGCCGGGCUGCGCGCCAAGGCGUCCAAGGGGCGUGGCCGGCCGUUCAGCCGAUUCGAGACCACCCUGGCCCACCUGUGGCGCACCAUGGCGCGCGCGCGGGGCCUCGACCCCGAAGAGACCUCGACCAUCCGCGUCUCCGUCGACGGUCGGCGUCGCCUGGCCGCCCCGCCGGGCUACUUCGGCAACAUGGUCCUCUGGGCGUUUCCGCGCGCCACGGUGGGCGACCUUUUAAACCGGCCGCUGAAGCACGCGGCGCAGGCGAUCCACGACGCGGUGGCGCGCGUGGACGGCGCCUACUUCCAGUCGCUCGUGGACUUCGCGAGCUCCGGCGCCGUGGAGCGGGAGGGGCUGGAGAAGACGGCGGUGCUGAGGGACGCGCUGGGCCCGGACAUGGAGGUGGAUAGCUGGCUGAGUUUGCCGUUCCACGAGCUGGACUUCGGAACGGGCGGGCCAAGCUACUUCAUGCCGGCCUACUUCCCGACGGAGGGGAUGAUGUUCCUCGUCCCGUCCUACACCGGCGACGGCAGCGUCAACGCCUUCGUCCCCGUUUUCGACCACAACCUCGACGCAUUCAAGCAGUGCUGCUACUCCAUGGAGUAAUUAACCAGGAGGCAACGUACGGCUAUUACACGAUAAAAUUAUUAAGCUUAAUCAUAUCGUCUGCAUUUGCAGUCGAGUAAUUUCUCCGUGUAUAUAUCUUUUUUCUGCAGGUAACUUCUCCAUGUAUCGGUUGUAUCUAUACUUCCACACAUAUAUAUAUGUAUGUA